AUGUCCUACAAGACCAACUACGAACCCUAUACCAGCCAAAGUCUCGAUAUGCCCCGAGAUCGCUCCUCCAAGGAAAUCCUCUACCCACUGGGAGCUCUCUACCCUCACGUCGUGGCCCUGCAAUUACAGGCCGACGACAACCCAUGGUGCCAAACCGCGCGCUUCUCCGACGUCAACUACUGGGCAGACAUCUCCUCUCCACAGUCACCUAUCGAGGAUUACUCUAGACCCAGACCGACACGCAGGAACAGUGACUCCACAGCCCUGAAGUUUGUUUCCAGAAUUCGACGACUCCUCAGUCGAGACGAGAUGAAACGACGCCAUCGGCAUGCGUGA